AUGGCAGAUUACGCUUCCGACUCCUCGGACGGCGAGUUCACAGAGACAAAUGUCCUUCUUGGAUAUGCUUCUAAAGAAGCUGAAGAGGACACGAUAAGCAAACUGGGAGGCACUCCGGAUUGGCUCGAUGCAAACAAACCGCCGUCAGCAGCCCUGGCAAGAUGUAAAGUCUGCAAAGACAUGAUGGCCCUGCUUCUGCAGCUGAACGGCGAGCUCCCCGAGAAAUUCCCAUCCCACGAGCGGCGGCUAUACGUUUUCGCCUGUCGCAGGGCCACAUGCCGGCGAAAGGCUGGCAGUGUUCGCGCGGUGCGAGGUGUGAGGGUUUGGAAAGACGGUGCCGUGACGACGGCGCCGGUUGAGGAGAAGAAGAAGCCUGAGGCGAAGAGCGAGUCGGAGGAAAAGAAAAAGGACGGGCCUGGACUUGGGGAAUCGUUGUUUGGAGCAAAGCCCCUUGGGGGUUCUGGCGGAAACCCGUUUGCCAGCGGCGGCGCAAAUCCUUUUAGCUCGGGAUCGAGCAAUCCUUUCAGCUCUUCUACUUCUUCUUCCAACCCGUUCUCAAGUCAGCCAGCUAAACCUGCUGCUGCUGCUGCUGCUGCUCCAGCUGAGAAGCCUGCCGCCGCCGCGGCUUCAACCAGCCUCUCAAAGACCUUUGCCGAAACUCUGGCGAUCAACACUACGCCCGCGGGACCUCCUCCUCCUGCCGAGCCUUGGCCCGAAAAGGCUGCGCAGCCAACACCCUACCCGACACUCUACCUCGCCGAUGCCGACUACGAAACUCUCGAUCCUGCGUCGACGAAGCUGCCGGCCAACGUGACCAUCGCCGACGCUGACGCCCCGGAGCCAUCUGCUCUUGAUCGCGAGGCGUUCGAAUCAGCCAUGGACGCUACGUUCCAGAAAUUUGCCGACAGAAUGGCGCAGAACCCCGAGCAGUGCAUUCGUUAUGAGUUUAGCGGCGUGCCGUUGCUGUACUCUAAGACGGAUGAGGUUGGCGAGUUGUUGACCAAGCGGACGAUGCCCGGAUGCCCUAACUGUGGUGGCCGGAGGACAUUUGAGGUCCAGUUGACGCCGAAUGCUAUUACGGAGCUGGAAGAGGAUGACUUGAGUCUGGAUGGCAUGGAGUGGGGGACGAUCAUUGUUGGAGUGUGCGAGAGGGAUUGUUCCCUGAGACAUACUGCCGUGGAAGAGGCGGGCUAUCUGGAGGAGUGGGCGGGUGUCCAGUGGGAGGAGUUGUCCAAGGAGAAAUAA